CUAAAUUAAUACAGAUGCCAAUUUAUAACGAAGUUUGGGAAGAGGAAGAUUUCAUGUUCAGAAAUAUGAUUAACCUUUAAACAUUAACCAAAAAUCAUGUUAAAUUGUUGGAUAAUCUAAAAUUUGAGUUUGUCGAAUAUAAAGCAAAUCAAUUACUUGCUUGUCACCUCUAUGAUAGAAUGGCAUCACAUUGCAAAAAUCAAUUUGGUCUAUUUGAAGACUCCUUUGUGCCUGAAUGUUUGGAUGCAAGAAAUUAUUUCUAAUUGUGCGUCAGAAUGAAUGCCUCAUAUGGGUUAGCUAAAAAAUAUUUCCCAGAAUAUUUCUUAACCAACGAAUACUCAAGACCAAAUCCAAAUUUCAAAGAAUUAGGACUUUGAAAACAUUAUUCAUAAACAAUACAUUAAUAACACAAAACAUUUUUAAA